AUGAAGGCUUUAGAAUGUGCAAUACUACUCUCUGCGGUUUUUUUAAUCUUUUGUGUGAUAUCAGUCUCAUGUACCAAUUCAUCGUCAGUUGAAUUCAAUUUUCUCCAAUGCCUUUCCAAACAUUCUCAGCGAUCAAAUCCAAUCUCUGAAGCAAUUUACACCUCCAAAAGUGCCUCUUUUUCCUCUGUUCUGCAGUCAUAUGUGAGAAAUCUCAGAUUUAUAUCCCCGACAACCCCGAAACCGCUGCUAAUUGUAGCAGCCAAGCAUGAAUCCCAUGUUCCAGCAACUGUCAUAUGUGCCAAAAGCCUUGGCUUGGAAAUCAGGAUAAGAAGCGGUGGACAUGACUAUGAGGGUGUUUCCUAUGUGUCCCGAAAUACAAAAGAUUUCAUCGUUCUCGACAUGUUUAAUCUCCGGUCCAUCAAUAUUGAUAUGGCGGAUGAAAGUGCAUGGGUCCAAUCUGGGGCAAUACUUGGUGAAAUUUUCUAUGCAAUUUCUAUGAAAAGCAAAAACCAUGCCUUCCCUGCUGGUGUGUGUCCUAGUAUUGGUGCUGGUGGACAUUUCACAGGAGGUGGUUAUGGUAACAUGAUGAGAAAAUAUGGACUUUCAACUGAUAACAUUGUGGAUGCAAAAAUAGUAAAUGUAAAUGGUAAAAUCCUUGAUAGAAAGGCCAUGGGUGAAGAUCUAUUUUGGGCCAUUAGAGGAGGUGGUGGAUCAAGUUUUGGAGUCAUUCUUGCCUGGAAAAUCAAGUUCGUUCGGGUUCCUGCCACGGUGACUGUGUUCGAAGUAAAAAGGACAUUGGCACUAGGUGCAACAGAAAUUCUUGUGAAAUGGCAACAAGUUGCUGAUAAGCUAGAUCACGAUUUGUUCAUAAGAGCAAUUAUUAAGCCAGCGAAUGGAACGAUCGAGGUGUCUUUCAUGUCCUUGUUUCUCGGAAACUCUGAAAGACUUCUGAAGCUGAUGAGUCAAAGCUUUCCUCAAUUGGGUUUGCAGAAAACAGAUUGCCAUGAAAUGAGUUGGAUUCAAUCAGUUUUAUAUUGGACAAACUACCAGAAUGGAACUACUUCCCCUGAGGUUUUGCUCAACAGGGUCCCCAAAGGGCAAGUGUUUCUGAAGCGAAAAUCUGAUUACGUGAAACAACCAAUUUCAAAGACAGAUUUGGAGGCCUUAUGGAAGGUGAUGAUUGAGAUUGGAGAAGUUACGAUGCUGUGGAAUCCUUAUGGAGGAAAAAUGAGUGAGAUUCCAGAGACAGCUACUCCAUUUCCACAUAGAGCAGGUAACUUAUUCAAGAUUCAGUAUUCAGUUAACUGGAAGGAGGAAGGGUUUGAGUCCACCAAAAGGUACUUGAGUUUGAUGAAAAAACUUUAUGUAGCAAUGACUCCUUAUGUGUCCAAGAAUCCCAGGAUGGCUUUCUACAACUAUCGUGACCUUGACAUUGGUACGAAUUCGAAAGGCGGGUACGAUGAAGCAAAAGUGUAUGGGACUAAGUACUUCAAGGGUAAUUUUGAAAGAUUAGUACGUAUUAAAACAGAGGUGGAUCCUGAGAAUUUUUUCAGAAAUGAACAGAGCAUUCCAACUCUUCCGUCUAAACAACUAUAA